AUUGGCGUGAGAUAUCUGAAGCCGGUCAUCGAUCUUUACGAAUGAUUUUGGCUGAUAAACGGGGUUCUAUGAUUGAGGCCAAAAUCAACUCGGAACUCAUUUCUAAGUACAAUUCCGAAUUCAAAGAUGGUGAAAGGAUAGUUGUCCAUCAUUUUCAAUUAGAGAUGGUAACUCGGGAUAAGAGAACUACUAAUCAUAUUUAUCGGAUCAAUUUCCUUCCUUCGACCAAUCUGAAUCCGAUACCUGCCAAAGACGCUCUUGUCUAUGCACUAUAUGAAGUCUCUUUCUGUGACGUUUUGGCUUAUGAACUCAGCAGAUCUCAUUUGAUAAAUUUGAUAGGAUAUGUUGUCAAUAUUGACGAGAUACAAUAUUCUGACCCAAAUAAACGAAGCCGUGAUAAUGCGAUGACUGACUUCAAGAUUAAGGACGCAGGCAAUUAUAUACUGUCGUGUGUUGCCAACGGAGAUUCUGCUGAGCAUUUUCACGAGGAGUGGAGAAGGAUUAGACGUCCGUGGAUUGUUUGUGUAUUACAAUGGUGGGAUAUUUAUAAAGUUCCAGGACGUAUGGUUAUUCAAUCCGUUGGUAGAUGCAGUCGUUUGGAUCUGAAUCCGAAUAUGCAUGAGGUUGAUGAGUUCAGAGAGAUGUCGUCUGGUCGGUUUGUUGGUGAACCAGGGUCUUUCCGAUCUGGUAUCGGAUAUCAAAUCAAUGUAUUACCGAGAAAUGCCUGAAAGGGAUCUACUCUUGAUAUCCAGUUUUAAUUAAAAUGUUUGACACUU